AUGUGGAACGACGAGGAUAACAACCCCUAUGGGGCAUUCGACCACCAUGAGUCCCGCCUGUCCGAUUCAUUGCACUCGGCCGCCCUAUCUCCCCCUUCUUUCGAGCAUGAUUCCACACCCCCAUCCAGCCACGACUCCAAUCUGGAUCCACCUGAUUAUAUCACCCAUCCGGAGGAUUUGAGUGAUCCCGAGGAAGCCGAUUAUGGAGCCGCAAGCCAACAGUACCCGCGGAAGAGUGUAUACGAUAGUCGCAUCGAGCAGAUCCUCUAUGAGAACCCGGAAAUGCCGAUUCUUAUUACGGAUGCCGGCAAGAAUCAUGAAGGAGGUGGAAGCUUUAUCGUCUACACUAUUCGAACUGCGGAUCUGGAAGUUCGUCGUCGGUAUUCGGAGUUCGCAUCAUUACGCCAAACGCUUGUGAAUCUGCAUCCCACCCUCGUUGUUCCUCCGAUCCCCGAGAAGCAUAGCAUGGCCGACUAUGCCGCAAAACCGACCAAGGCUAAAGAAGACACGGCAAUAAUUGAGCUACGAAAGCGCAUGCUCGCUGUGUUCCUGAACAGGUGUCGCCGUAUGAAAGAGAUCCGAGAAGAUGGAGUGUGGUGGCGUUUCCUGGAUCCGAAUGUCAGCUGGAACGAGGUUUUGCACUCCCACCCGGCCUCUUCCGUCCCCAAAAACAAUCUCAAGGCUCCUCCUCUCGACCCCGCAAACCCGACGCAAGCUCACGCCUGGCUUCCCGUUCCAUCCUCGUCCGCAAAGCUAAAGCACGGUAGUGGUGGGCCUUCUACGACUGGAGGACCACCUUCAUCACCCGGUGACACGAACGAGGGGCCCGUGGUGCCUAACCCUGGCCCCGACGUUCUUGGCCGUUUCCCACCCGAAUCGCGCAAAUUGAGCGAACAGGAGCUAGACCCGUACUUUGUCAACUUUGAAGCCUCCACCCGAGAACUAGAGCUACUUUUGCAAGGAAAUAUCGAGCGGGUGAAUCGCCGGACACUGUCACAUCUCUCCUCUCUUUCUGCUGAUUUGAUGGAGCUGGGUGCGCGCUAUAAUGGAUUCUCUUUAUCCGAACAAUCUCCGACGGUGGCCGCCGCCAUUGAACGGAUUGGCCAAGCUGCAGAUACGUCCUACAUCGAGACGGAAGAGCUGUCCACUGCGCUGAGCGCUAGCUUUGCCGAGCCUAUGCGGGAGAGUGCCCAAUUUGCCAGUAUCGUACGAAAUGUCCUACGAUACCGGGUGCUGAAGCGCGUGCAAGAAGAUAUGACUCGAGAUGAGUUGGCCAAGAAGAAGACCCUUCUCGACUCUCUCGAGCGCAGUGAGCUCGAAGCCAAACGAAUCGAGCAAUAUCUCAACCGUAGCUCCCCUCAGACCGGCGGUACCCGGUCGCAACGAUCUCUAUCUGCCUCCUCCGCCGUCAGCAGCGAGGGCGGCAGCCUGGCCGAACCCUCGACCGACUCCGAGUUCCCACCCACGCAUGGCGAGUCCAUCGGUAGCCCCUCAUCCCCGUCCCAAAGCCCCGCAUACAAGAAACCCGAGCCCUCUCCAACUCCGUCCCCGGCACACCGCAAGACGUCCAGUGGCAACUUUGUGACGAACAAGAUCUUCGGUCGCAUCAGCCAUGCUAUCCAUGGCUUUGCCGAUGUCGAUCCCGAACGCACUCGCCGCGAUCAGAUCGGAAAGACUAAAGAGAGUCUCAUUCAGCUCGAGCAAGCACUUGAAGUGUCAGAAAAGGACGUCAAGGACGCUAGUGCAGGUGUCCUGCAGGAUCUACAACGCUUCCAAAAGGACAAGGAAGCCGAUCUCCGACGCUACAUGGUUGCAUAUGCGCGUUGUCACUUGGACUGGGCACGGAAGAAUCUCGAGACGUGGACCGAAGCUAAAGACGAGGUGGAUAAGAUUGUUGCGCGGUAG